AUGUCUAUAUAUAAUAAUCGUUUACCUGAUGUACCGUUUACUUUCCAAACUGAACGAUCUCAUUCCGAUUUGGAAGAUUAUAUUCCUACUCCUUCUUCACCACGCAAUAAUGGCGUUAGUGUUUUCAGACUUUCACAAAUAAUAAUUUCUGAUAAUGAAGAACCAUUUAUAGAAUAUAUUGAAUCGUCAGACGAAAAACAGCUUGUAUAUCUUAACCCUCCAUACAUUCAGGAGAAUGAUGUGGAUUGGUCUGAAACUAAUAAAACGUUGGGGGCUAAAUUUAAACCCAACUCUAGAAAUAAUUUAAUUUGUUAUGUGAUGGGAAAAACUCCACAGGAAGAAUAUGAAGAAAAGGAUGAUCGUCCUGACGACCAAGUUUAUGAAUUUUCACCUCUCGAUGUAAACAAUAAUCGAGCAGCUUUUUACAAUGAAUCAUAUAUGAGAAUUUUGAAAGCAGUUGAAUGUGAUAAAGAACAAAAGAAUCCACGCGUAUUGACUAUAACCAAUUUAAGUAAAGUUUAUUGGGACUACGCGAAAAUAUUAGAAAAUCAUGUUCAAAAAUUAAAAUCUCAAGGUAAAAGAACUUACGCUGAAUUAAAUACAUUUCAAAAUAUUCUUAUAAUAUGGGAACUUUGUGGAAUUAUUUAUAUUAAUCCAAAGAAAGAAUAUCAUGAAGAGUUAUCACGUAUUUUUCAAAAUUCAUACGGACGAUUAUCAAAAGAAUUGACAGAUUGGUCAAAUAAAUAUCUUUCUUUACUUGAUCCUUUUGAAUUUGAUGCGACAAAUUUCAUUGGAAUCAAUAUACAAAAUGAUGAUGACUUUUGGAGAUGCUUACGAAAAUCAGUUUUAAGAGGUUCACCGAAAGCAAUUGAUUUAAUUGAUUUGGCAUUAAAUAAUGAAGAAGAAGAAGGAUUUUUUGUAGAAUAUUUGAUGCAAAUUAAACAAAUAAUAUCUUCACGACCACAAUAUAGACAAAAAGAAUUUGAUAAAUUUAGUAAUUUUUUUAGGGAAUGGAAUGAUAAAAUUAAAAGUCUUAAAAAUGAACUUUCUAAUCAGAGAAAUGAAAAUUUUCAAGGAAAUAUUUUAUCUAUUUUAAAAAUAUUACAAGGAGAUAUUGAAUUUAUACUUGAAACAAGUUCAUCAUGGAUAGAAGCACUUAUGAGUAUGGUAAUUUCACAUCCAUUAUGGGAUGUUCAAGUUUUAAGUGAAAAAGCUCGUGAAUGUUUAUAUCGUUGGCCAUUCAAUAAAGAAAAUAAUGAACCAAAAAUUUUAGAAAAAAUUUUAGCACUAUUUUUUCAUAGAGAUCUUGAACAAGGAAUUAAAUGUUGUGAAGAUAUUGAUGAAUGGUUAAUUGCUCAUUUAUCUGAUAUGUUUAAGAAAUUUGAAUUAAUUGGAAAAAUUCGAUUUCAAAAUUCUCAAGUUCAUCAUCAUCAUUAUAUCAAAACCAAUGGAUCCGCUGCAGAUGUUGAUAUUCGAGAAUUUUCUUUACUCAAUUUUGCUGAAUCAUUUGUUUCUCAUCAUUCUCUUUGGCAAUUAGCAUUUAAAUAUUUUGAAUUAUGUGAAACGUAUGGAAAGUCAUAUAUAUCUGAACAUAUUGUAAGAAUUCCAUUUGAUAAUGAACGUAAAUUGAGCAAAAUAUUAAACAUUUGUAAACAUAAUGGAUUAGAUUUUCAAGCCAAAACAAUAUUAAGAAUAGCGGGUAAAAGAUGUUUACAAGAAAAUAGAUAUAUUUCAUCAAUUAAAUAUUUUAUGGAUGCGGGAGAUACUGCAUCAUUAGAAGUUAUAUUUCGUAUAUUUUUAGAUUAUUAUACAGAUACAGGAGAUUUAAGUAUGUUUAAUCAAUUAGAGAGUGUUCAACUUGAUGAAUUAUCUCCUGAUUCUAUGAAAUUCCUUUCAAGAUAUCGACAAUUUCAUGAAUUAAUGCAAUCAAGAUUUUAUCAAAAAGCCAGAAUAUGUAUUAUGGAAUUAAUACGUUCACAAAUAGCACCCACAACUUUUUUACCAGUAUUGGUUCUCAAUACACUUCCUUUAUUCCGAGUAGCACAACAAAAUAACACAGUAAUUUUAACAAAUGCUGAUAAUUUUGAAAUCUUAAGAAAUUUAUAUAAUCUUGUUCAUGGUAUGUAUCAAGAUGAAUGUGUAAAUUGUUUAGAACGAAUGCGAAGUUGGCAUACAUAUACUAAUGGAUACGCAGAUAUAGAUGAAAAGUUGUCUGUUUUAUGGACAGCGGUCAAUAAUAAUCAAUUAGUAGUUUAUAAAUAUGGAGAAGAAUCCAGACAUGGUAAAAAAGGCGGAGCGGCAACUGUGAAUACAGCGAAUAAAGCUACUGAGGCGAAUAAAGUUAAUGUAAUUUUGGAUUUUUGUGCGGCUGUUAGUCUUGUAGAUACUAAAGAUACUAAAAAGAAAAGAAGGUGGUUACCUCUGGAAUCUAACCCCGAUGUUAUGACCAAAUAUAUUCAUAAGUUAGGCGUAUCUCCUUUGUGGGCCUAUACUGAUAUAUGGAGUCUUGAUCCGGAGAUUUUACUUUUGAUUCCACAACCUGUUAAAGCAAUUCUUAUCUUAUUCCCCAUAAAUGAAACUCAUGAGGAAUAUAGUAAAGAAGAAGCAAAACGAAUUGAAGUAAACGGACAGGAAGUAUCUCCUGAAGUCAUUUUUUUUAAACAAACAAUAUCUAACGCAUGUGGAACUAUUGGAUUGUUGCAUAGUUUGGCUAGCAAUGUUGAUUCAAUUCCGAUUGAGGAAGGCCCAUUUAAAAAAUUAUUGGAUAAAACCAAAAAUGCUACACCUAUUGAAAGAACCAAAUUGCUUGAAGAAGAUGAUGGAUUAGCAGAAGCUCAUAAGGAAUAUGCAAUGACUGGACAAUCUAGGCCUUUAACAGAAGAAGAUCGGGUUGACACUCAUUUCGUGUGCUUUAUUCAAAAAGGCGGAUCACUCUAUGAAUUGGAUGGCAGAAAAUCUUCUCCUAUUAAUCAUGGUCCAUGUCAUGAUUUAUUAAUGGAUUCAGUUAAAAUUAUUAAACAAUUUAUGGAACGGAAUCCCGAUAGUCUUAAUUUUACAAUGAUUGCACUCGCACCAAAACAGUUUGAAUAA